UAGUCGUGGUGCGAGAAAGAGGUCAGUCCACACUUCCCAUUAGAGCCUGGACUUCAGAUCUCCCUUUGGUGGUGACAGUGAUGAACCUGCCGACCAGGGAGCGGUGUGAGGACUGGAGUUCAGCUCAGGUGGCCAGCUUACUGUGCCAGAAUCAAAUGCACGAAUGUGCUGCAACUGUUAAAAGAAUGAGGAUUGAUGGGCAGAGGUUUAUGAAUCUGUCUGACAGUGACAUGAGCAGGUUCAGCCUCAUCCACCAACCCCAGCUUCAGAAGAUGGUCCAGGAUAUCAAGAAGAAUGAUGGCAGUAUCCUGAACAGGCUGAGAAGAUUUAAAAACAAAUCAGCUCCAAAAGUACCUGUAAGAGACUAUCAAGGUGAUGACGUGGAUGGUGAACAAUGGUCUGAAAAUGAGUUUGAGACUGACACUUAUGAGGACCCUCAAGAGGAGCAGGAUGACAGCUAUGAGCCUCCUCCCAGUCAGAGCGUCUUCACCACUACCUCGUCUGUCUGCGUCCCCAGGGGGGACUACGUAGACAGCUGCCAUGGUAGGCCAAAUGACCCACCCAGGAAGCCCAUCUGCCCACCAAAACCCUCCAGACCAUCACCAUCACUUCCCCCCAAACCCAACCAGCAGGACGACGAUGAAGAAGACUACGUCAAACCAGAAAGUGAUGAUGAAGACAACUAUAUAGACCCCACCGAGGAUCCUCCUGCUAACCGUCUAAGGCAUGGAAGAGGCAAACCAGUAAAGAGCAGUCCUUCAAUGUCUAAGACUGUGCCAGAGCGCUCAAAUAGCCCAGAUGUGUAUGAAGUUCCUGACAUGGAGGAAAACUCUCCUCCCCCAGUGAGCAGACCUUCCACACUCAAAGUCCCUGCACAGGGUUUGACCCCUAGAGCCAGCCCAAGAAUGCACAUAAAGACAUUUCCACCCAUCCCGGUCCAGGAGCCCAUAGAUGAUGAUGAAUAUGAAGUCUGCAAUCCAGAUGAAAGUGGCAGUACAAAGUCUGGUGAGAAGCCCCUGCCUGCGUUUCCCAAACCAAUGCCCAGAGAGACGAAGCCAUUGAAGCCAUCUUUUAGGCCGAGGCAAGAUAUUGCAUCCAGGGAAAAUGAAGGCCCAGCAUUGGCCAUGAGGCACAGUACCCAGAAACCCACGACCACACCCCAGCCCUCUGAAUACAAACGUGCCAAGAUUCCUCGGCCACAGAUGUUUACCUCUCACAAACCAGACAGAGGAACUGUACCCACAGCUGAAAACAGGUUAACGGAUGCUGAAGAGGGGGCAGAUGUCUUCAAGAAACCCUGGUAUGCCAGCACCUGUGACCGUAAGACAGCUGAGGAGGCUUUGAUCCGCUCAAAUAAGGAUGGGGCAUUCCUAAUAAGGAAGAGCUCUGGUCAGGACAGACAGCAGCCAUACACUUUAGUGGUGUAUUACAACAGCAGAGUCUACAACAUCCCAGUGCGCUACAUCCAAGCAUCGCAGCAGUACACUCUUGGAAGGGAGAAGAAAGGAGAGGAGCGUUUCACCAGUGUUUCCCACAUCAUUGAGAACCAUCAGAGGAACCCCCUGGUACUGAUUGACAGCCAGAGGAACACCAAGGACUUCACCAAACUGUGCUAUGCUGUGAAGCCUUAGGCCUCACUGGAUCCUCACUAGUCCUAUUAGAUUAGUCUAGUCACAUUCACCAGCCAUGGCUAUCCAAGCAAGACCAGAAUUAAGUAAGAAUUGUGCCAGUUAAGUAAAAUUGUUAAUGUGGGUGAAUAUUCAAACUUGUGUUGAACAUUUUGCAUUUUAUGGGGUAUUUUCCAACAAGCAUGACAGUGCCAUUAUGUAUUCUUAAAGAAUAACAGAUUGUAGAAAUAUUAUUAAUAGAAUGUAAUGUAGUACAUCUACACUGAACAAAAAUAUAAACGCAACUUGCAACAAUUGUAAAGA